AUAUGCACGAUAUAUCGAGUUCUUGAACAGAAAUUGUCCUAAUAAUUGUGUAUGGAGUACCAAAUGAAUAUGCGAAAUGUCACUGAAUCAUUGCGAUAUUUUAAUUUAAUAUAAAUGUAGAAUAAUUCAAGCACAUACGCCCCAUGUUGCAUAAAUAUUGAUCUUGGGAUCUUAGUUACGGGGAUUACAUGCAAUGACAAGUUUCCAAUAUGGCAGCUGUUUAAAGCACCACAAUAAUGGACACUAAAACAUAAACAACAGAAAUUGCAGAGAGAACAUUCGCACUCUUGGAAAAAAAUGGCCGAGUUAGUCCUUCAGACGACGACAGAACACAUCACGUGUACAAUCUGUCUGGAACUGUUCGAGGAACCGAAGGCUCUCCCAUGUCUGCACACAUUCUGCAAGAAGUGCAUCAACAGUCACAUCACGCGGAACAUCACCAGCCUGUACACUCCCAACGGAUUUCGCUGUCCGAUCUGUAGACUGUUCGUUCCAGCCCCUCUGGGACGGCGACAGAGUCCACAAACCUGGGCCAGUUACCUGCAGGGAAAUCACGUGAUUCUCAGUCUUGUUGAGGCAUUCAAAAACCCGCAAAGCCAGCAUAAGUCGAACUGUUGCCUGGAACACCCAGGGAAAGAACUGGAAAUCUAUUGCUUUGAUCACAAUGUGUUUUUAUGCUGUGUGUGCUCUUUGAGACAUAGACAGUGCAGUGAUGUUCAGACCAGAGAGGACGCUGUGGACCGUUUACAAUCUCUGAAUGCUCUCUCAUCCAGCAUUGACACGACUGAAAAUAUGGUGAAAGAAAUGUAUGAACAUUGUAAUGAAAUAGAGAGACAUAUCACUGGAAGAAAAUCUAAACUCGUUCAUCUGGAGGAGACGGAAGCAGAGGCUCAGGAAAACGUAUCUCAGAUCAAGCGAGAACUGAUCCAGCGAAUCGAAGAGGCAGAAGUAGCGACAUUAUCAAAACUUAGUAGGAAGAAAGAGAAAGAAAUUCAGCGAACAGAUCGCGAAAUAAGGAAAUACGAGAGAAUUCUCAACAGUGCCAAAGACAGCAUCAGCUUCCUUCAGUCAGCAAAGGAUGGACAAAGAAAGGAAGAGUUAGACGAUGCAAUACAGACGGCAUCUAAAGCCAAAGAAAACUGUCUGAAAAAACUGGUGUCUCUGAACAAGAGAGCCGAUAGCACAACAUUCGAGUUCAAACCCAGUAAAACUGUUCUUGACUUUUUGUCAAAUUUUGAAUACAUUGGAAACAUUAGUGGCACAAAAGAAGAAACGGAUGAUUCGGAAUCAAGCAUUUCUUCGAGUAGCAUUUCUACAUCUGACGAUGAGAGGCCUCUUCUUGUUCAUUCCGCAUCAGAAGUUCUUUUGCCGACAAGUCGAGCCAGACCAGUUCCUGCAAGACGACAGCGCCGCGUAGCGUCGACCCCCUCUCUCGUGAAUGCAGACAUUUCUCUCACCAUGGCCACAAACCAAAUGAGAAAUUCUGGAGAAAUUGUUGUAGAUGCCAACAAGUUGAAGCCGAGCUGGAUAACAGGGUUGGCGAUCUUUCCUGACGGUAAGGUCAUUCUGGCAGACUAUCACAGCUCUCGUCUGAUACUCUUCACUUCAGAUCAUAAUUUAUUGUCAGAAAUUCGAGUUCAAACUGCACCUUAUGAUGUCACAGUGAUAAGUGACGACACUUUCAUGCUGACUCGUCCGGAGUUCGCCGAGAGUGUGGUUAGCGGCAACAUCACUGAUGAUGAACUGUACCUGGGAGCCACUCUGAAAACGGCGUUCCAAGCUCGUUGCUUGAAUUUUAAUCGAGGCUACUUAGCCGUGUGCUCAUGUUCAGUAGUAGAAAUACUUGAAAAAGAUGGAGAAUUUUGGAAAGAAACUCGGUCUCAUUCUUUUGUCAGGUCCAAAUUUACGUACGUAGCCGUGGAUGGCGAAAGACAGAAUGUAUUUCUGACGGAUCAGAAAUACCCCGAGCCACAACUGAUAUGUUUAUCGUUCUUGGGUGACGUAGUUUGGAGAUUUGUCCACCCAGAUCUAAAUUUCCCGACAGGGAUCGCUUUUAAUGGAGCUCAGAUUUAUGUUGCAUCAUGGGAUAGAUGUGCUGUUCUGGAGCUUGAUUUGGAGGGCAGUUACGCUGGGGUUAUUAUCAAGGACAUUGCAUUUCCAUGGAAACUAACAGUAGGAUCGGGGAACAGGAAAUUGACUGUGUCCCAGCACAAGAACACUCUUCCGGAUGAUGUGAAAAGAUCUGUUAAGUCGUACAGUUUCCAAUCUGAAACGUGAUUUGUUAAAUCGUACAGUUUCCAAUCUGAAACAUGAUUAUGUGAUUGUGUAUUGGAGUAGAGUUGUUUGUUAAUUUGAUACAACAUUCAUAAAAGUAAAUUUUUAUGCACAAACGA